AGCCAGGGUUUUUGAUUAUCCAAGUAUCCCUUCUCGUGAAGUACAAGUCUUGACAAAAUAAUCAUGAAUUUAGCAUGUUCUUUGGUUUUAAUCUUCACAGUAAAAAUGAAGUCUGCAUUUUCAAGCUGUGAAAAUGAGCCGAAAAGCCUCGAAAUGUUGGAGGAAAUCUUACGGGAUUCGAAGCGUCUGCAGAAUUCUUUUCUUUCCUAUAGUCCUCACCAGUCGUUUUAUAGAAGACUAUUAUCCCGUGCUGAAGAAAAGACAUGCUCGAGUCAGUUGAGCAAUUGCCUUCUCCGAAAUUUAUGGCAUUUACUUUACUAUUUGGAAGCCGAAAGAGAAUGUACAUUUGACGAGAUGGAAUGGACCAGGAUAAAAAGGAAGAUAAAAUUAGCCCAGGGAGAGCAAAUAACAGGACAAAAUCAACCUGAUGUUUACAUAAUCCCGAAUUUUUUGAGCAAAAAUCAAUGUGAAAAGCUUGUUCGGACUUAUAAAGAUAUAAGACAAAGUAUCGCCACCAGAAAGUUAUGGAGAUUUUCAACGAUGAAACAAUUGCUAGAUGCCAUCUAUAAAGCUUCGUUAUCACCGGAUGAGUACAACAUUUCUCUAAAUGCAGAAGAAAGUUGUGACGGAGGUGCACUGGAGGGCUUAAAUAUUGGCAAGAAAUUGAUGAAAGUUCUCAAAUUUAGCUCAAGCGUGAUAGUACCGCGAGGGGAAAAUUAUCAAGUAGAUCUCUUGGAAAAGUUCAUCCAAGAUGCGAUUGGAUUGCCAGUUACGAAUGCUUAUCACACACAGUUGGUUAAUUAUGAUGCAAAAAGUGGGUACAAAGCACAUACAGAUUGCCAUCAUAUUCCUAAUGAUCGAAUGGCAACUAUUAUAAUAUACCUUACAGACGUCGAGGAGGUUAGGUUUAGGUCAUUGGUUUUAACCAUGCAUCCACUGCCAUUUGUCUUUCGUCUUUUUCCUAAUAGUUUCGUUUUAAUUAUCAGGGAGGUGAGACAUUUUUCCCAUUUUUAA